GGUCAACGGUCCGUAGGACCCGGUCGGUUCAGACGAGGUCACCACCGGCGCACCAACGCCUUCCGCGACCAGCCAAGAUGCGAUACCUUGCGUACUGCUGCUGCUGCUACUAAUACACCCUGGACGGCUCUAUUCUGUUCCCACCCAAGUACUUGGAGCAGGGGAAAGCUAGAGGAGAGGAGAAGGGAGCAGGCAUGGCGUCGGAGAUGCUGCUCAGGAGGAUCCAUUCCAUCUGCCGUCUCGCCCCCGGCGACCGCCGGUCGCAGCUGUUCGGACGCGGGGAGGGGCUCCGCCGUCUGGUUCCUACGGCGAGCCAUCCAUCGUUCUGCAGCAGCGCGUGUGAGCAAGCCGGCGCGGGCAGCGCAAGCAAGGAUCAAGAUAACCUCGCUAGGUUUUCAGACCCACAGGUUGCUCACGAGGAUCGCCGGUUCGUUCAGUUCUUGGAUAGGAUGCUGGACGCGACGAGAAAUCCCCAGAGUCUUGCGCAGAUACGGCGCGAGAAGCUUCCAAAUGAUCUGAAAAUAUUGGAUGAUGAGAUAUGAGUCAAGUUCUCUUACAGGAAUAUAAUAAGAGUUAACAAGCGUGAUUUAUGACAUGUAAAGUGACCUUGAGAUUAACCUGCCAAACUUGAGCAUGUGAGAUUGUUAUUAUUCAAGUUCUAAUUGUGGACCAAAACACCGGCUGAUGAAAAUAUAUUAUGCAUUUUGAGUUA